AAAUGAAAUGUCAAAUCCGGCCGAGUUCGUUCUAAAUCCGGAUAAUUUGUACAACAAGCCCACCUAAAUAAAUUAAAAUUAUUUGAUUCCGGCAUCUCCUGUUUUAUCUUUUCGGGAAGAAGGAAGUUUACGUGUUUUGUGUUGACGUGGCAACUUACAGUAGUACGUGUCUGAAAAUUCUGAAAGAUAAAAUGCUGAGAACGCUGUUCGUGGCUUUGGCGGUGUCAGCGGUUUUCGCCGGCGUACCCAGUCCGGAGGAGACUAAGCGGCUAGUGGAUCACUUAUCCGACGAACAGCACUUCAAGAAUGAGCACCACAAUAAGCAGUUUGACCACGACGCUUUUCUGGGAGAAGACCAGGCCAAGACCUUCGACCAACUGUCUCCUGAAGAAAGCAAGAGGAGGCUUGGAAUCAUCGUUGACCGAAUUGAUUCAGACAAUGAUGGCUUUGUGACCCUGGUCGAGUUGAAGGAUUGGAUCCGGUAUACACAGAAAAGGUAUAUUGAUGAGGAUGUGGAAAGACACUGGCGGCAGCACAAUCCUAAUAAUGAUGAAGUUGUGCCGUGGGAAACAUACAGGAAGAAUGUAUACGGGUUCAUGGAUGAAAUGGACGCGAAGGAGCUGCAGUCGCCCAAUGGCGAAGGCUUUACGUACUCCAGCCUGCUCAAGCGAGACCGCAGAAGGUGGCAUUAUGCUGACGCGAACCAAGAUGACGCUCUCAACCGCACGGAAUUCGCGGCUUUUCUACACCCGGAGGAGCACGGCGGCAUGCGAGACAUAGUCGUGCUCGAGACCAUGGAGGACGUCGACAAGGACCGCGACGGCAAAGUGUCCCUCGAGGAGUACAUAGGCGACCUGUACAAGACUGAGGACGGCGACAAUGAAGAAGAACCCGACUGGGUUAAACAGGAGAGAGAGCAAUUCAGUGGCUACAGAGACAGCAACAAAGACGGCUACAUGGACGCGUCCGAAGUGAAAGAAUGGAUCGCUCCGCCCGAGUUCGAUCACGCGGAGGCCGAGGCGCGCCAUCUUAUCUUCGAGGCCGACGCCGACGCCGACGAGCGACUCACCAAAGAAGAGGUGUUGGAUAAGUACGACUUAUUCGUGGGGUCUCAAGCCACAGACUUUGGGGAAGCCUUCGCUAGGCAUGAUGAGUUCUGAGAAGGAAGGUUCGCAUUGGUGGGGCGUGUCGCGUUUACAUAAAUAUUAAUAUUAACAGUGGUUUAUAUUGAGGGACUUUUUGGAGUGGGUUAAUUCAGAUGGAGUAAAGUGAAUAAUGCCCGUUUUCACCAUCAAUCCCUAAUUUUUAAGUGACCCCUAUGGUAACACUUAUCAUGAAUUUUGCUGUCAAAGGGGUCACUUAAAAAUUAGGGAUUGAUGGUGAAAACGGACAUAACUGUCAGAAAGCCAACAGAUCGAGGAAAAAAAAAUGCGAGAUAAAUAAUUACAUAAUCCUAAAUAAGUACUUACUAUACUAUUCAAUAGCAUCAGCUAGAAGUCUAGAGAAAAAUAUACAUCAUAAACUAAAAAUAUAGCCUUCCUUAUUAAAUACCCCCACGGCUUAUUAUGUAUGUACUUUGUAUAAUUUAAUUCAUUUAAACCAGGCUACCUAUAAUAAUAUUUUUUCGUUAAUUUAUGAAAAUAUCAAAUUAGCCCUUAAUCCUGAAUCCUGAUACUUACAUAAAGUUAGCCUAUUAAUUUAACACAGGUACGACUGUACUCAGUGUUGCACUAUGAAAUGCAAUUGACGCGCCUCUAUGCCAGGGUUUUUAUGUUCCUGGUCAGGCUAUACUAAGUUAGUCGUCCUAGUGCACAUGUUAUGUUAAAAUCUAAUUUUCUUUACUCGUAUAAAAACGCGACACGUCCUAGUAGUGUGAAUGCAGCUUUAUAAGAGCCAGUGAAUUGAUAUUUGGACUGUAAUUUUCUGUAAUAAGGAAAAAUCAUGGAAAGAGAGAAUUAAAUAUAAAACAGAUUAGAACAUUGCAUGAAGUAUUGCUAAAUAUUUUUAUUACAGUCUAUUUCUUGAGACUUGUCUGAAUAAUAUUUUUGUCUCAUUUAUUUUUAGUCUGUUUUAUCAUUUUAUUGAAUUCGAUGUUACUUAAAAAUUAUCCGUACCAUAAACAUAAGAGGUAUAGAAAUUGGCAACUUAAAUUAUUAAGGUAUUUGCUCACUGCACCGUCAUAUCAUACAACUAUUCUCUGCUUAAAUUACCUAGGUCUGUGACGUUAUUGUAUAAUAAUGACGUCAACUGGCCGAAUUGUUAAGGAUUUAAAUUUAAAUAAAUUAAACAAUUUUCAAUGAUACUUUCAUGGCCAUAUUAGUGUAGUGGGUAGAUACCUUAAUACUUAGAUCGUUAGCAGCUUACCUAUGGUCUUUAGUCUUUUAUCUAUGUCUAAUAAUGUUACGUAUUUCGACGCAUUUAUUUGUAUUGCUUUUAGAUACAUUAUUUUGUAUUUAUUUUUGUCAUCGUCUGCCAUAUUUGUAGAAUCUCUAAAUGUAAGUUUAAAUGUAAUCUUAACUGAAUUCGCUCGACUUAACAUUUUCAAUUGGCAAUAAUUUGUAUGUGAUAACAUUUAUGUAAUAGUAUGCUUUAUACUUAAUAAGUGAAAUCUUAGUUUCUAAUACUAGACCAAAGUUAUUUCCAGUAUACUUACUUUAAAUAAUUCCACUAGCAAUUGAUUAGGAUAGUAUAAAAGAAAAUAAAUUUCCAAUGAAUUGAUUCUAAAUAUUUUUGUAUGAUCUAUAAUUCGUAUAAUGUGAAACGGGACUAAUUCCGUCUAAUAUAAAUAUUAUUAUCUAUUGCAUUUAAUUGUAUAGAAUAAGUUUUUAUCCAGUGUCUGAAUAACUUUUUAAUGAAUGUCCUUUAAAAUAUGUAGCAAUAAACUUUGAUUCAGUACAACUAAUAUAAGUACAUUAUAAAUCUUUUAUUUUCGUUGAAAGUGAAUAAACAUUUAACUUUA